AUGACAAUAUCUACUUUCGAUCACGUGUCUGCGGGGCGACUUAGACGGAUUGCGCGUCAUCUCGCCUUCCCAAAUUCCACCCUUCUGCUGCAGCACGUAUCCAAAACAUCUAUCUAUAGUUCGGAGUAGAGAGAGAGAAAGAUGUUUAACUCGGUGAAUCUGGGCAACUUCUGCUCCCAGACGCGCAAAGACCGGACAUCCGAGUUUGGGGACAGGACAGGCUGCGCGUCCAACAUUUAUCUCCCCAGCUGCACCUACUACGUCCCCGAGUUUUCUGCCGUCUCCUCGUUUCUUCCACAGGCCCCGUCCCGGCAAAUCAGCUACCCUUAUUCCACAAAUCUGUCUCAAGUGCAGCCGGUACGGGAAGUUUCAUACGGCUUGGACCCUACCAGUAAAUGGCACCACAGAAGCAAUUAUGCAUCGUGCUACUCCGGAGAAGAUCUGGUGCAUAGGGACUGUCUUCCGCCAUCCACCAUGACAGAAAUGCUUAUGAAGAACGAGAGCGUGUACAGCCACCACCACCAUCACCAUCACAGCCAUCCGGGCUCCAAUCACCCCGCCACAGGUUUUUACUCCGGGGUGGGGAAAAACAGCGUCCUUCCGCAAGGUUUCGACCGCUUUUUCGAGACCGCAUACUGCAGCAGCACGGACAAUCAGUCAGACAGUUGUUUACAAAAGGGCGAGGGAGGAAAGCUGGAAAGCGACGCUCAGCAGCAGCAGCAGCAGCAGCCCGUAGCCUCCUUAGCCGGAGCUCCGGAGCAGGAAAAAGACCCAGAAGAUGAGGAGGAACAUACAAAUUCUGGCUCGUGCACUUCUUCUUCCACAACCACCAAGGACGGCACCGCCAACAAGAGCAGCCACUCGACCACUCCCCGCACGCGGAAGAAGAGGUGUCCAUAUUCCAAGUUUCAGAUUCGGGAGCUGGAGCGGGAGUUCUUCUUCAACGUUUACAUCAACAAAGAGAAAAGGCUUCAGCUUUCGCGAAUGUUAAACCUCACCGACCGCCAAGUUAAAAUUUGGUUUCAGAAUAGAAGAAUGAAAGAGAAGAAGCUGAGCAGAGAUCGCCUGCAGUACUUCUCUGGGAACCCCCUGUUGUGAGCAGGAGAAGGCAGCGUCACCAUCUCGGUCAGGGACAUUGAGGCCUACUCUAAUCUCCUUGAGUUGUAAUCAUGGGCAUAACCGUUUUAAGGAGCCCAAGCGGACAGUGGGAAUAAUGGGCCUGCAUGGGAUAAUGUCGCGAUUUUCGUAUUGCCAAAGGGCGGCAGUGAAUUUCUAGCUGCUCCCCAGUGAGGCCCACACGGUUAAAAAAAAAAUCAUUUAUACCUAUGCUGUCCUUGAAUAGGUCUCUCUAUUUAUCAAGGUUCUCCAUUGUGUUCAUUCUAUCGUUCAUAUAGACCUAUUUGUUGUUGAAAUAAAAACAAACAAUUCAAAUCUUAUUUGUGCAACCAACGGUUAGCUCUUUCCUCCUGUUCUCUGGUCCAUGUACAUAGAAUAUCAUGAAUUAUUUCUCGAUCAGAGCAGAGACAAAGUAAGGCGAAUCUCGUGGCUACAUUUUUUUCCUUUGAGAACUGUGACGUCCAAUCUAUUAAAGUAUAACCCCCUGAGUAGCCUAUGCAAUGUGCAUUCGUGACUGUAAAUAUAUGUUGAAUUUGCUAUAUCCCGUCCCUGCUGCUAUCUUUCAGUACACUGUCCAUACGACUUAAACAGCUUUAAC